AUGGUGGUAAGCUUCAAGGGUUGCUACACAGUGAAGCCAGCAGAGGCAACAUGGAAGGGUCCCCUACCCUUAUCAGAAUGGGAUCAAAUUGGCACCUUAACUCAUGUUCCCACAAUCUACUUCUACCGCCUGGCGCCAAAUUGGCUUUCACCAGCUGACACCAUUUCCAAUAUCCUUAGAGACUCAUUGAGCCGGGCAUUAGUGCCUUUCUAUCCACUAGCAGGCCGUGUGCGGUCGAUUGGCAGAGGCCGUCUCGAGCUUGACUGCAAUGCUGAGGGGGCUCUGUUCUUUGAAGCUGAAUCUGAGGCAAAACUAGACAACAUUGACCACUUCUCUCCAUCUCCAGAGUAUCAUUACCUUGUCCCAACUAUAGACUAUAGCGUCCCAAUUCAUGAAUUGCCAUUAGUGUUGGCGCAACUCACCAGGUUCAAGUGCGGGGGCAUUAGUCUCAGCAUAAUGAUAUCACAUACUGUUGUCGACGGACCAAGCGCCCUACACUUCAUUUCUGAGUGGGCUACGCUUUCUCGGGGCGAGCCAUUAGGGACGGCGCCAUUCCUUGACCGUAAACUGUUGCGAGCUGGGGAUCCCCCGACUGCUCCGCCGUGCCUCGAUAACUCGGAGUACAGCUAUCCGCCAGUGUUGCUAGGGCAAUCCGACAAUGUAGAGGAGGAAAAGAAGAAGAACACGGUUGCCAUGCUAAAGCUUUCCAAAACCCAGGUGGAAAAGCUCAAGAACAUGGCAAAUGAUGAUAAAAGUAGUGAUAGUUGCCGUGAUUACACUCGGUACGAGACGUUGGCAGGACAUGUAUGGAGAUGUGCAUGCAAGGCACGUCAACAAAAAGAUGAACAGCCUACGGCAUUAGCUGUUUGUAUGGACUCAAGGAACCGCACGAAUCCGCCACUGCCACGAGCGUAUUUUGGCAAUGCAACGCUGGAUGUUUUUGCUACAAGUCAUGCGGGGGAGUUGAUGUCCAAGCCAUUAGGCUAUGCUUCAAGCAAGAUAAGACAAGCUAUUGACAAAGUGACUGAUACGUAUGUGAAGUCAGCUAUUGAAUUUUUGAAAAAUCAAGAGGACUUGACACGGUUUCAGGAGCUUCAUGCCUUGGGGGGCACGGAAGGGCCUUUCUGCGGAAACCCAAAUCUCGCAGUAGUGAGCUGGUUGACGCUGCCAAUCUACGGCCUUGAUUUUGGCUGGGGGAAAGAAAUAUACAUGGGGCCGGGAGCGCAUGAUUUUGAUGGAGACGCACUACUCCUCCAGAGUCCUGAUGGAGAUGGAUCUUUGAUUUUGGCGUUGUGUCUGCAAGUGGCUCAUAUGGAUGCGUUUAAGAGGCACUUCUAUGAAGAUAUCAUAUAA